AACACAAACAGUACCUUACUCAGAUACUAAUCACACCCGCCUUUUUAAUCUCUCUCUCCACUCCCAUCUUCACCCAUGUGACGUUCUUUACUCAGCUCCAAAUCCCACCCAGGCCCCAUCUUUUUCCUUCAAUGAUUCACACUCACACCCCAUAAAACUAAUUAAAUGACACUGCCACUGUACAAACUACACCCACAACUCUCUUCGAAUCGAUUCUUUUCUUGAUUUUCAGGGCAGAUUUUGAGGAUGCUUAUGAGCUCUGAUGUUUGUGAAUUGGUUUUAUUGUAAAAAUGGAAGUGUUCAGAUUGGUUUUGUUUGUGGGUGUUCUUGUUUUGUGUGAUUGUGGGUACCCAGUUUCUGGUUCGACUCAGAGUGGGGAGCUUGAUAAUGAUCGUCUCAAGUUUAUUUUAGGGGAGAGGAAUUUGAAGCCAUGGAGGAAUGGAAUCUCUGAGGGUAGUACAGAUGCAGAAGCUCCAGGGCCUUCUGGUGAUGAUACCACACUUCUACUGGCUGCUAAGAGGACGGAUCGGCCUGAUGUUCUUCGUAAAUUUAAGCAUUAUAAAGGCGGUUGGGAUAUCACUGACCGUCAUUACUGGGCUUCUGUUGGUUUCACUGGUGCUGCUGGGUUCAUUUUGGGCAUCCUCUGGUUUUUCUCGUUCGGCCUGGCCCUUUCAAUUCGCUAUUGCUGCCGAUGGAGAAUCAACAUUAUAGGAAAAGGAUCAGAACGGUCACGAAGGAUUUGUCUCAUAAUGCUUAUAGUGUUCACAUCUGCUGCAGCGGUUGGAUGCAUACUUCUAUCAGUGGGUCAGGAUAAAUUUCAUGGUGAAUCUGUUCGGACUCUGCGAUACGUUGUGAAUCAGUCAGACUACACGGAGCAAACACUGAGAAAUGUCACAGAGUAUCUAUCCCUUGCAAAGACCAUCAACGUCGCCCAUGUAUUUCUUCCUUCCAAUGUCUUGAAUGAUGUUGAUAGGUUGAAUGUAGAUCUAGUUGCCGCAGCUGAUACACUGAAAGCGAAGACUAGUGAAAAUGCGGGAAAAAUAGUAAAAGCGUUCAAUGCUGUGCGAUCGGCAUUAAUCACUGUGGCUGCGGUGAUGCUUAUUCUAGCCCUGCUUGGUUUCAUCCUGUCUAUCCUUCGGCAUCAACAUGCUAUUCAUAUAUUUGUAGUGAGCGGGUGGUUACUGGUCGCGAUUACAUUCAUUCUUUGUGGAGUUUUUAUAAUACUAAACAAUGCAAUUUCUGAUACCUGUAUAGCAAUGGAAGAGUGGGUAGGUCAUCCCCAUGCAAAAACGGCUCUUAGCAGCAUCCUUCCAUGUGUUGACCAGAGUACAACAAACAAGACGCUUGUCCAGAGUAAAGAAGUGAUCAAUGAUAUUGCAAAUGUUGUGAAUACAUACAUAUAUACUUUUGCAAAUGCAAAUCCAUCUCCUACCGAAUUCAACUAUUUUAACCAAUCCGGACCUUUCAUGCCUCCGCUUUGUUUCCCAUCUGACUCUCAGCUUCAAGAUCGUCAGUGCGGGUCUCUAGAGGUGUCCAUGACAAAUGCAUCAAUGGUUUGGAAGAACUACAUUUGUAACGUUUCAUCAUCUGGACUGUGCACAACUGUCGGUAGAGUGACUCCUGAUUUCUACGAUCAGUUAGUGGCAGCUGUUAAUGAAAGCUAUGCUCUAGAAUAUUAUACCCCAGUUUUGCUGAGCCUCCAAGAUUGCAAAUUUGUUCGAGAUACAUUCCAAGAAAUCACCUCAAAAUUUUGCCCACCAUUGGAACAUUUUCUCAAGAUCGUUAAUGCAGGUCUCAGUCUGAUCUCAGUUGGAGUUUUGCUCUGUCUUGUGCUCUGGAUGCUCUAUGCGAACCGCCCCCAAAGGGAGGAGGUGUUUGUGAAGCAACCGUGGUCAAUAAAACGCAGCAUUAGUAGCAGCAAGACUGAUAAAGCUAGUUCUAAGCCAAACGACAACAAUGAUGAGGCGGUGUCAAAUACAAGUGAAGUAUAGUAAUAUAGGAUUCUACAAAAUUUUGAGUAUUGUUGUAUUACUAGAUAAAAUGCCAAGAUGGGGCAAAGUUCCAUUUUGAGUAAUAGUAGAGUAGCAAAUAUGUAGUGUGUGCUCCUGGUAUAGAUAUAGUAAAAUAGUAAAAAUGUCAUGAAUAGAAGUUGUAAUUGAAAUGAAAAUUUACCUCUAUAGAUACCCAAAAUGUCAUGAUUUGCAUGACCUUGGGCAAUAAUUCCAAUA